AUGUUGGUUUUGACGGAAAAGAUUAUCACGUCGUUGUUACAGAACUUGACACAGGAAGACGCUGUGUCGUACCAGCAGACGUUGCUUGCCGCUUUGGCGGAGUAUGAGAAGUAUCCAGAGAUCAUACCUCCAAGGAUCGUCACAACAACUCCUCACUGUACCCAUCUAUUCAUGGCGUCAACAGGCAGUCAUGUCGGGAUGAAGGCCAUAACAGGAUCCAGGGAGGGUUUCAAGGGUAUCACUACAAUAUUAGAUAAACAUAACGGCUAUCCCCUUGGAAUCAUCAACUGUGCGACACUCACUGCGUUCAGAACAGCGUUGUGCAAUUCGUUGUCCUUGGUGAAGUUCUUCCCGCUCGACAAGGAAUACUCGAACGACAAGUUGAUUAUCUUCGGGGUCGGUGACCAAGCGAUCUGGCAUGCAAGAUUGGCUUUGAUUCUGUACCCAAAGAGAUUCUCCAGAGUGCUUUUUGUCAACAGGACCGUGACCAAGGCCGAGCGGUUAUGUGAUGAGGUCUUUGCCAAGGACUACCCCACAAUCAAGUUUGAUGCCCGUGGCAUGACUACUGAGGAAGAGAAGGGCAAGCUAGUACAAGAGUUCAAGGACACUAGCGUGGUGUUCACAUGCAUCCCGACUUCCGUGCCAACAGUGAAGAAAGAAUACGUCGACCAGUGUGAGGGCCGUUGUUUUAUUGGUGCCAUCGGCUCCUACAAGCCUCACAUGACCGAAAUCGACGGCGGGGUUCUCAAGGAAAGCGUCAUUGCCCAAGGUGGAAAAAUUGUGGUCGACUCAGUCGACCACUGUCUUCACGAGGCUGGGGAGUUGAUCAUCAACAACAUUCAGAGAGAAGACUUGGUCGACGUCUCCACGUUGUACUCGGAUCCUUCCAGUAGCAAUUUCCUUUCAGAAGGGAAAGUCGCCGUCAGCAAGUUGGUCGGGUUGUGCAUUAUGGAUGUCUGGGUCGGCAGCCGGUGCUUGGAUGAGGCCAAGAAGCAGGGGGUUGGAAUUGAGAUCGACAAUUUCUAA